CCCUCCAACCAUGACCUAACCACAUUAAAUUUUUAUACAAGCAGUCCUCUCUCUUUCUCUCUCCAACCAGAAGCGCCUUUUCAAUAGUAAAAAAUCUCCUCCUUCCUUCAACCUCUUUUUUCUUCCCUGUUCUAGCUCUACAUCCAUCUCCCCGAACAUGGGCACUACCCUGUUAGAAGCUCUCAACGUCCGUGUAGUCGGCUCUGGAGAGAAAUUUCUCGUUCUUGCCCAUGGAUUUGGAACGGACCAAUCAACAUGGCAGCGCAUUCUCCCCUUCUUUACUCAAAACUACAGCGUAAUUCUUUACGACCUCGUUUGCGCCGGCAGUGUCAAUCCUGACUACUUUGAUUUUAGAAGGUAUACUACUCUUGAUGCUUACGUCGAUGACUUGCUUAACAUUCUUGACGCUCUUCGCGUCGAUCGCUGCGCCUAUGUCGGUCACUCUGUCUCCGCCAUGAUUGGUCUGUUGGCCUCCAUUAGGCGCCCUGAACUCUUCUCCAAACUCAUCCUCAUAGGUGCUUCCCCAAGAUUCUUGAACGACAAAGAUUACCAUGGAGGAUUCGAGCGACCUGAUAUUGAGAAUGUUUUCGCAGCAAUGGAAGCGAAUUAUGAAGCCUGGGUCAAUGGUUUUGCACCGCUCGCUGUCGGUGCGGACGUGCCUGCGGCGGUUAGAGAAUUCAGCAGGACCCUUUUCAAUAUGAGGCCAGAUAUUACAUUAUUUGUUUCCAGGACCGUAUUUAAUAGUGAUCUAAGAGGGAUUCUAGGCCUGGUCAAGGUGCCCUGUUGCAUAAUUCAGACAGCCAAGGACGUGUCAGUACCAGCAUCUGUGGCGGAGUAUUUGAAAACCCAUUUGGGUGGGCGUAGCACGGUUGAGAUAUUAAGGACAGAGGGUCAUUUGCCACAUUUGAGCGCCCCAGCUUUGUUGGCCCAAGUGAUCCGGCGAGCCCUUUCGCGGUGAGCGAUGGCACUGCUUGUAGUUGUGGGAAAUGAAUGAAGAAGUCAAUUGACGUCAGUUAGGUCCGAGUUACUACAGUACAGGCACAGCUACUAAGUGGGGUCCCAAAAAAAAUUGUAAUAAGGUGGAGAUGUUGACACCUGGCGAAUAAUUUGUGGACAUUAGUCCAUUGUACUUGGGAUAAAUAUGUACUGAUGUAAUGAGAUGAAAUGAUAUUUUGGAAAGGAUAAGAAAUGCCCACGUGAUAAUCACGUGAUGAGGGAAUGCUACUUUGUUUUUAUCCA